AUGGAGAAUGCAAAUAACACCAGAAUUUAUCAUUUGAAAAUGUAUAGGGAACUUCGGAUAGUUACCCUUGAAAAGCCAUUAAAAAAUGAAGAAAAUGAGGAAUGCAUAAAAAUUAGAAUAUUACCAAGUCAAGGAAAUAAUAGUGAAGAUAAAAAUACACAAAUGUGUGUAGCUGAAAUAUUUGGGAAAGAGCUAGUAGUUGAUAAAGACUAUUAUUUUGGAUAUAAUGAAAAAUUUUCUAUAUACACUUUUACUGGAUGUAUAGUUCAAAUAAAAGGAAAAACAUUACAAGAAUAUGAAAGUAAAAAUUCUACGAUCAAAGAAUAUUUAUCCUUAUCUUAUGUUUUAGAUGCUUAUAGAAAUUUAGCAAAAAAAAAAAAAAAAAUUGGACCACGAGUAUUGAUAACAGGAAAUAAUAAUUCUGGAAAAAGUUCUGUUUCUAUGCUUUUGUUAAAUUAUGCACUAAAGUCUGGAUUUAAACCUAUAUAUAUAGAAACAGAUACAAAGGGGAAUUGUGAUAAGAUGGAUAUAAAUCGAGGCCCUGGAGUUAUGAGUUGUUUUAUAUAUGACAAUAAUGAAGGUGCAAAUAGUGGCAACCUAAAUAGUAACAACAUAAACAGCAGUAGUUUAAAUAGUGGUAGUUUGAAUAGCACCAACUUAAAUAGCCGUUUUCGAUAUUCUUUGGAUUAUUUCUUUGGAUAUCUAGACAUAUUAGAUGAUAUAAACUUGUAUUAUCAUAUUAAUGAAUGUAUAAGUAGUUGUAUAUAUUUGAUGUUGUUAAAUAAUUUAAAUUAUUAUUCAGGUAAUUUAAAAAAUAAUACAGAUCAAGAAGUUAUAUAUUCAUCUGGAUUUAUUUUGAAUGUGCCAUCUGAAGCAGAUAUUAAAAUUAUAAAUAAUUUGAUAGAUAUAUAUAAUAUAAAUAUAGUUGUUAUUAUUGAUAAUUCUUUUUUACAUUAUUCAUUAAAGGAAUAUUAUGAUAAAGAAGAGAAGCAAGGUAGUUUAGAAAAUUUUAAUAAGCCAGAUAAUAUUCAACAAUUUAAUGAAAAUGUUGAAAAAAAAGAAUAUAGUAAUUCCGGAUUAUAUAAAUCAAGUAAAAAUAUUAGAUAUGAUGAAGAAGAUUUUAUAAAUAUUGAAAAAGAAAAUGAUAAUAUUCAAACAAAUAAUGAUAAAGAAGAAAAUGAUGAUACAGGUAAUAAAAUCGAAAUAAUUGGAAUGCCUAAAUAUGAAGGUGUUAUACCAUCUGAUAAUACUAGAGCACGAUAUUGUAGGAAUUUAUGGUUUUAUGAUUAUUUUUAUAAAAAUAUAAAUUUAAAUAAUACAAUAUAUAAAAAAUGUCAUAUCAUAACAAUUAAAUAUAAUCAAACAAAUUUUGUUCGGCUAGAUACAAAGUUAGCAGUUCCUUUAUCUGCUUUACCUGCAGAUUGGCAAAAUGUAAAAAGAGAAACAGUUUCAGUAAUUAGCUAUAAUGGAAAUAUAAAAAAUUUAAUGAAUUGUGUAUUAGGUAUAUCAUAUUCUAAACAAAUUAAUUAUGUCCAUCUUAUGAAUAUAGCAGGUUUUGCACAUGUACAAAAUGUAAGAGAAGUUGAAAUCGAAAAUGAUGAUCAAAAAAAUGAAAAUAAUAAUGUUGAAGAUAUUGAUAAAAAUACGGAUACUCAAACAGUAAGUGAUUUUUUUAUUGAUAUUAUAUGCCCAGUUUCUGUGACAACAAAAAAUAUACCACCAUAUUUUAUUGUCCCAGGAAAUAUGAAGCAUAUCCGAUUUUGA